AUGCCUGAAGGGCCUGAAGGGCCGGAAGGGCCGGAAGGGCCUGAAGCUCUGGGUGCCGACGGUGCCGACGGUGCCGAUGGGAGCAGGGGCCCUCGGGGGAGCAUGAAGAGCUCCGAGGCUGCGCGGCGUAGCCGCGCGAGCUCAUUGCUCGUCCAGAGACGAGGCUCGCAAAUCACGUUGCUGCGACGGACGAAACAGGGUCCUCUGACCGCGGCCAGAUUGCCCGAACUCAUUGAUGAGAUUGGCAUCGGCUGGUAUCAAGCAAUGGCCUUCCUGCCGAUGGUUCUCUUACCACUCUGCGAAGGAGCUGGCAUGAUUGUCAUGACGAACAUCACGCAUGCUUUGAAGCGCGAGUUCCACUUCUCCAGCUGGCAAGCAGGCAGCCUCGACGCCUUCUCCUUCUUGGGGAUGGCGGUCGGCCACUACGUCGCAGGCUUCCUGGCGGACCUAAAGGGGCGGCGGCUCCCGAUGGUCCUCUCCUUCCUUGGCACGUUUCUGACAGCGAUUCUCAUGACCUUGGCUACCGGCUAUGGCGCCAUAAUUCUGCUGCGUUUCUUGCAUGGCUGCUGCUGCGGCUUGGGGGUGCCCCCAGCCAUGUCCAUGAUCGCCGAGACAGUGCCGAGUGCCUGGCGCCGAUUCGUCUUCGUGGUCUUCUGGAGUUCCACGGCUGUUGGAGAGCUCUACUCCUGCUGUGGCCUCAUGCUCUUUAUGCCCGAGCUGAGUGAGAGCAGCUGGAAGCAGGCCGUCCUUUGGUCCUCCUUGCCGGCCUUGGUGAUGCUGAUCUUCUCGGUGGCAAAGCUGCAGGACUCCCCUCACUGGUUGGCUGUUCACGGUCGCCUCAUCGAGGCGAGAAUCGUUCUGGACCACAUGGCCACAAUGAACAAGAAGCCGGAAGUGAUUAAGAAGCUGGGGCCGGCGCCCGUGCACGAUUUCUCGCAGUUGUACUCGGAGUAUGGCGCUGGCAUCACGGCUCGAGGAUCGCCGGGCUCGCCGCAAGCAAUCUGGCGGCGCUUGGUGGAGCCAGAGGCAGCGAAGCUGGUGCCCCGCUUAACAACCGACAGAGGACCAGAUGGCAUCGAGUGGAUGAUGCUGCCAUGCACAUGGGCGAAAGCACGGCAAGGGUGA